AUGGCGUCCUCAGCUUCACAGAAUCGACCAUUGUCGAUCAAUCAAAUUCUCCGCCAAAACCCAAGAGACCAGCUCUAUGUUGAGCCCUUGAAGUGGACCCAUGACCACCUUGACCACCUUGAGAUUUCCUUCGUGCAACCAACGGAACUCCAUCCUUUCGACCGGGUCCACCCAGACUCGAAAUUAUGGGACGAGAUCAAUUUUACAGGGUCAGACGAGCUUUUGGCGAUGGAAGUACGCCUCAAAGCGGUUGAGGAUCUUCUCAAAAAGGCAGAUAAUAACCUAUCGUCCGAAGACGAUUUGUGCCUUUUCUUCGGAGAAAAGCAACAGAAGUUGGAUUGCACUUUCUCCCUUGAGCCAGGCGAGGAUAUUCCUCUGGCCGCUUUCCUUGAUUACAUGAACAUCGUUAUCAAGAGGGAGCGUACAGUGGAACCAAAGUUGAAACCACAGUCAACCAACACCUCAAUCAAGAUCAGCAAGGUUAAAUCGGUGUUGAAACUCAAGGCAAUUACUCCGGGGAACCCUUUGUACGACCCCUUUGUUGCGGCCAUAUUGAUUGCUUUAGCCCAAGCUCAGCAGCGAGCAGCGAAUGCAACACGGCCACAUGGCAAGGGUAAAGAAGUUGUUGAUCCCGAGGACUUGAAGCACCUUGCCACUGACGAGCGGACGUAUGAUGUUCGAAUGCUUGUCACUUUCCAAAAGGAUGCAACCUGCAUGCUUUACAAAUCUGUAAUCUCAUCGGCAUUCCUUGCCAAGUUCAAUGAUUUGGACUAUGCGCCACCAGCGUCAACUCCGAUGAGAAUUGAACUCAGUGACAUUCCGUUUAGGCCCCGCACCUCUCUGCAUCGGCGACUGUUCAACGAACUGUUCCCCGAACGACAAGGAACUGGAGGUGAUAGCGACGAGAGAUCCUCCAACUCUGAGGCAUCGCCUACAGAGGAGACUUCGGGUUCCACCGAAAGCAAAUUUGAGACUUCUGGAUCUGGAUCCAGCGAAAGCCAAUUUGCGGUCAUCGGUGGCACAGUGGAUGACUAG